CUGUUGCACGACAUGACCAUGGCUGGUCUUCAAGAGCUGCGAUUCCCCGAAGAGAAGCCUCUGCUCCGCAGCCAGGAUGUCACUGAGCUGGAGAACUCUGACACCUUCCUCUCCGCUGUGGACACAGACUGGAAGGAGCACGAUAUCGAGACGCCGUAUGGCCUACUGCACGUGGUGAUCCGGGGCUCCCCCAAGGGGAACCGCCCAGCCAUCCUCACCUACCACGAUGUGGGCCUCAACCACAAGCUGUGCUUCAACACCUUCUUCAACUUCGAGGACAUGCAGGAGAUCACCAAGCACUUUGUGGUGUGCCACGUGGACGCCCCCGGACAGCAGGUGGGGGCGUCACAGUUCCCUCAGGGGUACCAGUUCCCCUCCUUGGAGCAGCUGGCCGCCAUGCUCCCCAGCGUGGUUCAGCACUUUGGGUUCAAGUAUGUGAUUGGCAUCGGAGUGGGAGCCGGAGCCUAUGUGCUGGCCAAGUUUGCGCUCAUCUUCCCUGACCUGGUGGAGGGGCUGGUGCUAGUGAACAUCGAUCCCAAUGGCAAAGGCUGGAUUGACUGGGCUGCCACCAAGCUCUCUGGCCUGACCAGCACCCUACCUGACACGGUGCUCUCCCACCUCUUCAGCCAGGAGGAGCUGGUGAAUAACACGGAGCUGGUGCAGAGCUACCGGCAGCAGAUCUCCAACGUGGUGAACCAGGCCAACCUGCAGCUCUUCUGGAACAUGUACAACAGCCGACGAGACCUGGACAUUAACCGGCCCGGGACGGUUCCCAAUGCCAAGACCCUCCGCUGCCCUGUGAUGCUGGUGGUUGGCGACAAUGCCCCUGCUGAGGAGGGGGUGGUUGAAUGCAACUCCAAACUGGACCCGACUUCCACGACCUUCCUGAAGAUGGCAGAUUCUGGGGGCCUUCCCCAAGUCACACAGCCAGGAAAGCUGACUGAGGCCUUCAAAUACUUCCUGCAAGGCAUGGGAUACAUGCCCUCUGCCAGCAUGACCCGUCUGGCACGCUCUCGCACCGCCUCCCUCACCAGCGCCAGCUCGGUGGAGGGCAGCCGCCCGCAGGCCUGCACUCACUCGGAAAGCAGUGAGGGGCUGGGCCAGGUCAACCACACCAUGGAGGUGUCCUGCUGAAGCUCAUGAUCCUGCCCAAGAUGCCCACCUAGCGGGGUCCCCCUGCCACCCCUGCGCCGGCUCAUUGUUCCUUUAGUUUCUUUUUGUGAGGGUAAAGGGGAGGAGAUGAAGGUUGUUUUUCUUUUUUCUUUUUUUUUUUUAAACGAGGGGAUCCAACUUGAUGCUUGCAGUAGAACAGUCUGAGAUGGUUUGAGGGGCACCUCCUCCCCAGCCCGUCUCCCCCAGCGUGUUCACGUGGCUGAUGCGCCUCCCUACCCCCACUCUGGCACUGUGAGGGGAGCCUCGGACAGGGCCCGAGUCCUCUAAGAACGGAGGCCAGCAAGAGCAGGGUAGGAGGAAGACCCCCGGCAGGCAGGUUUGAAGAUGGGCGCAGUUUUGAGAUGGUGGAUGCUGAGCUCACACUCCCGAUGUGGGGGACAGGAAGCUGCAGCAAGGAGCCCUGUGCCUCUGAAGGCCUCCUCCCCUCAACCCCUCCACCACCAAGCACACUUUUCAGGUUUGUAGUACAGGUGACAAUCAUGUGGAUGGUAACCACAAGGGGGCGCUGUGAUGGGGACAGCCAUUUUCCUGGUGCUCUCUGGGACUGAGAUGAAACAUGGAAGCCGCGCGGGACAGAAAGUCCAGUGCUUUUCCUCUUCCCCGCUCCCCUCCCCCCCACACACUCUGCCACCUUCUGGCCCUCUCCCAUCCUGAGCCAGGGUGUUCUAGCAGAAAUCACCUGCUUUUGUCUUCCUAAUGACCUGGGACAGAGGGAUAGUCUGGGAUUGCUCCUGUGCUGUGUGUAGCUGCUGAGAGAUUUGAGGUAAAAUGGCCGGUGACUGAGAGUCCUGUAGAUGCCCUGUUGUCUAAGAGGCCAAGCCACAUGGUAGUCUCCCGGUGUUUCCCGGUAGAGCCCCGCUCAAGCUGUGCCAGUGAGUCCUGCAGCCAUCACUGGGGAAACAGGUUGACUGGCGAGAUCUGGCUCAAGACAAGAUACCACCCACCUUUGGCCACUGGAAUAGGCUGGGAUUUGCUGGGUCCUGCAUUGGGAAAUGAAAGUCCUUGAAUAAGGGCCAGGCAGAAGAGAAGGGCUUCCCAUGCACUCCUGGCCCCCGCAGCCCAGGACUGUGCCCUCUACUCCCCUACCUCCCAGUUUACCAGGGAGAAUCUCCCAGGCCCCCAAAACAGAGCCCUUGUCCCAGAUUCUCAAUCCAUUGUCACAACCCGACCAACAGGACACACUGAAAAAAAUGAAGGGCUGUAAGGGAGAGGGGAGGGUUUGUGUGGGUUUUUAUAGGGGGUGUUCUGAGGCCAAGAGGUCAUUUAAAUCCACAUUUCCUGGCACAGGCCACUCUUCUAUACUCUUAAGCCAUUACUAGACUGCUGUAGAGCCUGGUGGAGUGUAUUCUUAGUUCUGUUUGCUCACGUGCUUUCUUUGAAUAUUGAAUGUGACUGUUUAAAACUGAUAGAAUUAAUCCCUCUUACUGUAGAUAGCACUGCGAGUAUUUGAUUUCUUUCUUGCUGUGUUCUUUCAGAUGAGAUAACUAUAAAUAUCUAUGCUAUAUAUAUAAAUGUAUAUUGAGUCCUCCUGUGUGUGGUUUUUCCAUUGGAGGCUGUCUCUUUGAUUAAGGUGAACUUUAAUGGAGUUUAUUAUUUUCUUCUCUGUACAAAGAGCCUAAUUUUGUGUAUUAUGGUGGCUCAUGUCAUGAGGCUUGGAGAUGACAAAAUGUCUAACAACAAAAGCCCUUGUCUAUGUAGAGAGAGUUGACUGUGCUGACAAACUAAUAAAGACACUAAGAAGA